CUGCUUCGGUUUGACUGGUCAAACCAUAGCCUCGCACUUGUGAGAGUCGCAGAGUUAGGCUCUGGUUGUUAGACGGUCAGUGGUUAAAAGUUCAUCAUUUCCUAAAAUUACUUAGUGUUGAGUUGAUAGAAAGGUGGUCACUGCUAUGCUGUCCACCCUGAGGAAGCUCUUCUGCUUUAAGAAGGAGCCGAAAACCCCCUUGGGGUUUUGUGACGGCCCAAGCAGGGGAACGGGAUACUUGUCCUGCUUUCACUGUGGAACUGAAGACAGGUACCGCCAGCCUUAUGACCCUGAAAACCAAUUUCAUGAGGCAGUAUGCAUGGGAAAGCGCAAAGUGGUGGUGCGUCUCCUCAGGAAGAACCAAUUUCAUGUGAAUGAUGAGGAUGAAGGGAAACGAACUGCGCUCCACUUUGCAUGCUUCUAUGGCCAUAUCAAUCUGGUUCGUUUUCUGUUAAGAUUUAAGGCCUGUGAGAUUAAUGCCCUUGACAAUCAAAUGUCCACACCACUAAUGAAGGCUGUACAAAGCUGGGAGACAGAGAUCGUGUCUGUCCUACUUGAUCGUGGAGCAGAUCCCAAUAUUAAAGAUUGCAAUGGAGAAGCAGCAAUCCACCAUGCAGUGUAUGUAGACAGGCCAGAUAUUGCCAGCAGUCUUCUUGAAUUUGGGGGAAACAUUGAAGAUACUACAAAGGAUGGGUUGACCCCUCUGCUGCUAGCACUCCGAGAAAGGAAACCCCGCAUGGCAGCAUACCUAAUCACACACGGUGCAAAUCUUCACGUAUCUGAUCAAUAUCUAAGAACAACACUCAUGUAUGCUGUUAGAUGGGAUUGUGAAAAUAUGGUUGAAAUUUUACUGAAGAAAGGUGUUGAUCACCAGUUAAAGGACACAUUUGGAUGGAGUGCUCUUUAUUAUGCCAUUAUGGGGAAACGCAAAACAAAAAUGGUGAUUAUUCAGCACGACUUAUUCCUCUGGAGACAACAAAAUACCUUCACACGAAAUCAGCCUGAAGAUGUCUUUUCAUCAGGACAUCACUUUGAAUCUGAGUCACUGAUUUCCGUGUGUACAGGAAUGAAGGACACAGCUAAUUUGAAAACUCAGCAAGAUAUUCCUGAGAAUAGUCUGAAAAGUGGUGCGGAUGACUUACCAACAGCUUCCAAACAAUAUGAAAAUGUAGAAGAACAAGAAGAAGAACUAGAAUUAGAAACAAUACCGGAUUUAGAACUGGAAAAUGCAAAUGUUUGUAAUAAGAAUGAAGACUAUCAAAAAUUGAAAGCUGCCCAGUCAUCCAACGUAGGAAAUGGUCCAGAAGAAAAUGAAAUAAUUCAAGUUUGGGCUGAAAAAUGUCCGCAUCCAGAGCUGAGGGAUUUUUGUCAUCUAGUCUCCAGAUCCAAGCCUGAAACACAGCAAUCUCAAACAGUUUGGGCUGAAAAAUGUCCACACCCAGAGCAGAGGGAUUAUUCUCAUCGAAUUUCCAAACCCAAGUCUGAAACACAGCGAUCUCAAACAGUGUGGGCUGAAAAAUGUCCUCACCCAGAGCUGAGGGAUUAUUCACGUCCAAUCUCCAAACCUGAGUCUCUACCACACCAAUCUCAACCAGAUAUAAUAUUUUCAGAAGAACUAGAAGAAGAAAUAACAGAAUUUAAAGUGGAAAAUGAGAGAAGUUUUGAUAAGCGUGCAGAAAAUCAAGAAUUUGUACGUAAAAUUUAA